GCUUCCUACUGUCAGAAGAUAGGAACAGCCAACCACAUCCAACUGGAACCAUGCAGUCUGCCGAAGCCAAAUUUAACAAAAACAGCCUGCUCUUGGCUCUGAGACGGUACAGCUCAGCUGUUAGUGACAUGGAGCACACCAUCCUCCUGCCAAGCCUGCUGCGAGAUGUGCCCUCUGAUGAGGUGUGGGACUGUGAAGCAGCAGAGGAGUCCUGCAGAGACCUGCAUAGCAACUACCUGAUGCUCAAGGCCAUAAGAAACACAGUGGAGAGCAGCCUGAUUCUCCUGGAUGACCACAAGGCCAAUAACACAGCACUCAACAAGACCCUGGAGCCUCUCUUGGACACAGAUCCUGAAGCUCUAUUCCGCUUCCACCUCAGAGGACUAUUUUCUGUGAUGAGUGACCUCACCAAGAAGACUCAGAGUCUCACUGUCAAAUAUAUGGACAUUAUUGGGGUGGCAAACUAGAAAAAAAGAAAGACAUGUGGACAUCAAACUAAUUAUCUGGUGUUUGUAAAAGUGCUGUACAACUUUUUUUAAAGACAGUUUACAUUCAGUACCCUAUACUAACUAUCAUUCAUUUGCUAACUGUAAUAGUCCCUGAAAACUAUGGUUUGAAGAUAUGGCAACUGUUAAUGAAAUGAUUGUGAAACAACAGAGCAGUGUGCUACGAUUGAUUUAUGUCCAAACACACAAACUCAUUGUGCAUAUGACUAAUCAGGAAAAUUAGUCAGAAAAUGUUGAAUUUGGGUAUUUGUUUUAUUUACAUAACUAUAUUUCGCACAAUAAAUGAUUUCACACAAAGACCACUCAAGACAGAUGGUAGUCUGCAAGUGAU